CAACAUAACAGUAGCACAAGGCUUGCUGAGUCUCGUUAUUGUGUCAAUUGAACUAAAGUUUGAAUUCAUCACAUCAAAAACGUGACUUGGUGUGAUAUUUGACUUUACAACAAGCCUAUAAGAAAGAGACAGUUACUUCAUCCUGUCAAUUACCUAAGUGAGCAUUUGGCUGAAAAAGACGGCGCGUGGGAUAUAACUAGCUAGGCCUGAGUAACAAUAAGCCAGGUAACCUCUGAGAAAAGGGUCCACUGAACUAAAGGCAACAUUAAAUAACUGCUUCACCUCUCACAGAAGAGCGUGUGUCCUCACAAUGAGAGGUUCGUACGGAGAACCGUCCCCUGACGCUUUUAAAUCUGGACUAGACAAACACUGGAGGGACUAUCUCUACAACUACUAGCGUACACCCAAAAAUCUAUGUUAAGACCAGUAGUAUACAUAGACAUAUUGCCUUCACACAACUGUAACCAUGAUGAUGAUGAUGAUGAUGAUGAUGAGACAGAGAGCGAGACCGUGGCCGUGACAGAGGGAGUCCUCGUUACGGGUCCAGCAAAGGUGACCCACCACCGGGUAGAAAGUUUACGAAAGAAGAGAUGGGACCUGGAUGAGCUUCCCAAAUUUGAGAAGAACUUUUAUAGUGAACUUUUAUAGUGAACAUUCGGAAGUGCAGCGAAUGAGCCAGUUUGAUGUUGAAGAGUAUUGCAGGAAGAAAGAAAUCACUGUUCGAGGUUCAGGCUGCCCAAAACCUGUCACCAACUUCCAUCAGGCACAGUUUCCCCAUAAGCACAUGCAUACAUGGAUAUCUAUUCUACACAUGCACAACAACUACUAAACUAAAUCUGUUGUUACAGAAAUAACCAGAAUAAUUAUUUCUGCCUCUACGUCUAGAAUAUGUAUUGGAUAUACUGAUGCAGCAGAAUUUCAAGGAGCCCACAGCCAUUCCAGCACAAGGUUUCCCUCUGGCCCUCAGCGGGAGAGGCAUGGUGGGCAUUGCUCAGACUGGCUCUGGGAAGACUUUAUCGUACCUCCUGCCUGCAAUUGUGCACAUCAAUCAUCAGCCCUACUUGGAGCGUGGAGAUGGACCCAUUUGCUUGGUUCUGGCCCCCACAAGAGAACUGGCGCAGCAGGUCCAGCAGGUGGCAUACGACUACGGAAAGUCAUCCCGCAUCAAAAGCACUUGUGUGUAUGGGGGUGCUCCCAAGGGACCUCAAAUCAGAGACCUGGAGAGAGCUGUUGAGAUCUGCAUUGCCACUCCGGGUCGUCUGAUUGACUUUCUUGAGGCUGGAAAGACCAAUCUGCGACGCUGCACAUACUUGGUGCUGGAUGAAGCUAACCGCAUGCUGCAUAUGGGUUUUGAACCACAGAUGCGCAAGAUUGUGGACCAGAUCAGGCCCAACAGACAGACCCUGAUGUGGAGUGCUAGGGAGGUGGAUAUAAAAUAUAUACAAGUGUAACUUGUAAACAUUAUAAAUCUGGACAUUUUCUUUCUUUUUCUUUCCUCAGGUUGAUCCAGCUGAUGGAGGAGAUCAUGGCUGAGAAAGAGAACAAGACCAUCAUCUUCGUGGAGACCAAGAAACGAUGUGACGAUCUCACACGUAGGAUGUGACGUGACGUGUGGCCGUUCUCGCUUUCGUGGCAACUCCAAUGUGAGUGUGACAGGCGAAUGCGUUCUGCGGGUGGAGGCAGCAACAGCUAUGGCCGACAUAGCCGCGGAGGAAGUAGCCGGGAUGGGGAACGCUCCUUCUCAUCGUCCAGGGAUGGAGGACGCAGCUACGGCUCCAACUCAUACGACCAGGACCAGAAUAACAUCAGCAGCAGUCAGCAGCUCUGGGUCGGGGGGCAACGGAGUGGGGCAGGCCACACCUUCAUUGUCGGACCCCCCAGCCUCUAAUGGCCAAGUUCAACACUUCCCAGCCCACGAUGGGCCUGAUGGGGCACUAGCCAUUCCAGUUUGCUCCACCAGCACAAUCAAGCAGGAAGUAAUGUGAUCUCUGCAUCAUUCACACACAACACACUAUAUACACUGUGACAGAAAUUGAUUUAGCAGGGGUUUAGCCCUUGGCAGUUGACCCCUGUAACAUCAUUUAUGAGCUUGUUUUAAUUAUUCAGUUCUUUAUCAAAUAAUUUAGAUGGGUCAACAUUUUUUGUUUUUGACUUUCUUUUAAGAUUAAAUGUAUUUGUUUGACACAAAGCUUGUCCGUGUCAUUUGAUUAAGUUUGUAUUGCUGGUCUCUAAAAAAAAAAAUCCUUUUGUACAAGCAUGCUGUUUUUAUAUUGUCUCUUUAUGCAACAUAGAUUUGUAGAGUAUCUGAUUUUCCCCUUUAGACGCAUCAAAGGUACGUGCUGAUAAUUCUUUUUUGUUUUAGGUUAAAUAUCUUUAUUUUUUUGUUUGAAAUGUUGCAAGCCAAGAGAUCAAUUUGAAUUGAAUAAUAUGGAGAUCCUGGUGUAGCUUGAGCAAACGGGGUUAAAAAGUUAUUUUUUUUCAACAUUUGGUUCAUUAUAUAGAUAUUAUAGAGGCUUGUAGGGUCUUUGUUGCCAUGGCAACAGUGAGCUUUCCUUUCAUUUCCAGUUCUGUUUACUACUAAGACUCCACAAUAGAUUGUUUAUUCAUGCAAGAAGUGAUGGUUUAAGAUUUGCCUAGCAAACAGUAAAUACAUUUUUACAGUUCAAUAAAGCUCU